GUGUGUUCAUGAAGAUGAAGUUGAGUCUCUCCAAAGUAGUUGGUGGCUGUCGUCUCGGCAUGCUGACAAACCUUGGCAAGAAAGGGAUUCAGUGCAUGGAUAUUCCAGGUUGUCUGCUUUAUACCAAAAUGGGAUCAGCACCACACCUCACCCAUGACACACUGGAGACUGUCAAAGAUGUUCCUGUUGUUGUACAACUUCCACUUCCGGCUCUGGUAGAGCUUCAGGAGGUCAUGGAGGAAUAUAAAGAAGGAAUUGGAACGUUUGUAGGUAUGCCUGACUCGAUAGUGUACUGUUCCCUCCUUGACCCAGCUGUUUUCUCUCCACCCGGCUACAACAACAACAAGACAGUUUCCAUAUGGGGGUCUGGAGGGAGGAUGGAAAUGACACCAUCAAAGUUCAUGGCCCUUCAACGGGCUCUCCAGCCAGACUGGUUCCAGUGUCUCUCUGAUGGAGAUACUAUCGCCGCCGAAGUCUCCAAGAAGAGAGCCAAGAAGUCUGUGGAUCGAUCGCUUUCCUUUUUGGAUGAGUGCUUACAACUGCAAGAGGAGUUUCCAGAACUGCAAGAGAGCGUGAUGAUCGGUGUUAUUGAAGGUGGGGACCUGUUGGAGGAGAGGCUGCGAUCUGCCAGGGAGACUGCCAAGCGCCCGGUGGGUGGCUUCCUGCUAGACGGCUUCCAGGGAAAUGCCAUGGCCAAGGACACCAAGCUGGAACUCUUGUCCUCUGCUAUAGCAGAACUUCCAGAUGAUAAACCAAGGCUCAUCCAUGGUAUUGGCAGGCCAGAUGAAGUGCUGGAGUUAAUUGAAAGAGGAGUGGAUGUUUUUGAGAGUUGCUUUCCUUACCAGGUGACAGAAAGAGGCUGUGCCUUGUCUUUCAACUACGGUUGUCAUCCGGAUCCUGAUGGAGAUGUCCUAAAAGAAAAUGGGGAACCAGACAAGGAAGAAAGCAAGGAUGAAAAAACAAAAACCGAAAUCUUCAGUGAAACGGAAGGGAUGACUGCAUUUGAAAUAUGUUUGAAGGAAGAAAGGUACCAGGACGAUUUUGGUCCUUUACUGAGUGGAUGCUUGUGCUACUGCUGUCAGAAUCAUAGUCGUGCCUAUGUCCACCACCUCCUGAUGACCAAUGAGUUGCUGGCCAGUGUCCUGCUCAUGAUGCACAACUUUCAACACUACUUUGCCUUCUUCCAUUCUAUUCAGGAUGCCCUCAAAGAAGACAGGCUGGAUAAAUUGAAGGAGAUCGUCUGUAGGCAAGCUGUUUAA